AUGAAGGAUUCAUCAGCAUCGCACGCACAUGAAAUACCCCUGGGCACUUAUAUCUUCCGGAGGCUCAAACAGCUCGGCAUUGGCCAUAUCUUCGGCUGCCCUGGGGACUUCAACCUUCAGCUUUUGGACUAUCUCUACCCUGAAGGUCUUAAAUGGGUUGGGACCUGCAACGAACUGAACGGCGCUUAUGCAGCUGAUGGCUAUGCCCGUACCAAGGGUGAUGGAACUCCUGGCGUCGUCAUCACGACCUACGGCGUUGGUGAGCUGAGCGCAUUGAAUGGGAUAGCCGGAGCCUACAGCGAGCAUGUGCCCGUCGUCCACAUCGUCGGCACAACUUCGCGGGCGGCACAGGAGGCUCGCAUCAAAAUUCACCACACUCUAGGAGACGACGGUUGGGACCAUACGGCGUUCCAAGCAAUAUCAAAGCCGGUUCGGAGAGCGUCCGCCUUUCUCACCGAUGAUGCGACGUUUACUAAGGACGUUGACUUCGUCCUGGAACAGAGCGUUCAGACUAGACAUCCAGUCUACCUGUUUGUGCCGAUGGAUGUUCCGGACAUCUUCGUGGAUGGCAGCAGACUGGAAACUGUUUGCUUGAACAGGGAGAUCAUCAACGGUACUGCGCAUGAACCCGAAGAGCAGGAAGCCGUCGAGGCAACCAUGCGAGCCCUGUCAUCAUCACGCAACGGGGCGCUUUUGGUCGACGUUCUGGCGCAGCGUUAUGGACUCUUGGACCAAGUCGACCAGAUCUCUCAAUGCUGGGGUGCAGCAACCACAUUUAUCACGCCCCUGGCCAAAUCGUUCUACGACGAAACGAGACCUUACUAUGGUGGACUCUAUAACGGAGAUGUUCAGGAUACGGUGUCUCUGCACCCGGAUUACGUUAUUGUGCGCGGUGUCAGAUACAACAUUAGCUUCGUCCCUGUGGUCAAAAUGAUCGCCGCAAAACUGGGCCGAAACGAGCACAGCUCAACCCAUCACCACAUAUCUCCUUCUAAAAACUCCCAGCACCCAGCUAUGCCAGCCGAGGGUGACCUUGAUCACGCAAGGAUGUGGAAGACUCUCAGCCGUCACCUGAGAGAGGACGACUUCAUCGUUGCCGAAGUUGGCACCGCCCAGUACGGAGCACUCGAGCUGGAGCUAGGCCCUAGGAAUGGCUUCCUCACACAGCUGUUCUACAGCGCAAUAGGAUAUGCCGUUCCGGCGCUCCUCGGUGCUCUGUGCGCGAGGCGAGAACAAGGGGCAAGCGGCCGAGUUGUUUUCUUGGCCGGCGACGGAGGCCUACAAAUGAGUGUCCAGGAGAUAAGUACUAUCAUUCGACAUGGUUUUGCACCCACCAUCAUCCUGCUUGACAACAACGGAUACACAACCGAGCGCAUCAUCCACGGGCCCAACCUCGAGCACAAUGACAUUGCUCAAUGGGACCACAGCUUGAUGCUGCAUUUCUUCGGCUCUCAAGACUCCAACUACUACCAAGUGCGCAAGUUCGACGAAUUCGAGCAAGCCCUGCAGAAGCCCGCCGUUGUCGAGAGCAGGACACCGCAGCUUGUCCACUGCUACCUGGGAGAAACUGAUUGCCCUUCUGUGCUUGCUGCUAAAGCGCGCAUGGGCAAGGAGCGAAGCAGAGUGGCUUUGGCGAGAUCGGACAAAGAGUUUGGAAGGCGUCGGAAUGUGACACCAUGA